GCAACAGGAACUCUAGCUCCAGACCUAACUUCAGAAGGAAAGCGCCCCGUAGAUUGGUUUCUGUGUUUACCCAGUCAUCUUCCAUAAUAAGGACGCCAUGGUUACAACAUGUGUAUGAAAGCAAGAGUAAACCUUAACCCAAUGGUCCAUUUUUGUUGUUGGGGCCCAAAUUUUAUAGCCUUAAGAAGUGUAAAUAGGGUGGGAAAUAAUUUUGGGCUGGUUGAAGGUGGAUUUGAGCAAAGUUAGACAGGCCCAAGAUUUUCAUUUUGAAAUCUGCACCAUUGGAAUUUUAUUUGGCAGUUAUGCUGUGAGGGAGGUGACCCAGGAAGCAAUGGAGUGCGCCGGAAAAGGGAGGGGAACUCGGUGUUUAGGCCCACCCAGAAGGCGCUGUGACCGGUGCGGAGCCGUUGCUUAUUGCUCUUCCUCUCACCAGAUUUUGCACUGGAAUGAUCAUAAAGAAGAGUGCAAAAGAUUAGAACAACAAAUGAAAUGCGUAGAUGUCUUGAAUGACUUUCCCUUUACAUUUUCUCAAGAAGCUACACUUCAGGUUCUUGAAAAGAAGGAGACUAGAUGUUUAUUCUUGAGCAAAAGGGGCGUUCAUCAAGUGGGAAUGUGGUUGUAUGAAUGCUGUUGUGGGGAGUCAGUUACUUCCUCUGAUCAUUCUAGCAGGUCAAAUGAUGUUUGGCAUCUUCCGAGAAUCUUGUGCCCAUGUAAUGAGCCUGUAUCUCCAAUAUCAAAGCAGUUAAGUAGUUGGAAAGACUACUAUGAGUGGAGGUGCAUUCCGCUUCAUUCACCUGUUGCUUUGCUUCUUCACUGGCCACUUACGAUAUAUCAUGCCACUCAAGCUGUUUUGGGAAGCUCAAACCCUGAAAUAAGGGACAAACUUUAUAUACACUAUCUAGGGCCUGAGAAGGAGCUUUUGCAGCUCGCUGUCUUCACAGAGUUGCAUGCACUUUUUCCUGGUGUGCAUGUACAUAUAGAGCUUGUCGGACCUUCAAUUCCACAAAAUAGGGAUGGUGAGAGGAUUAAUCUUUUCAAUUAUGCUCAUUGCCUUGAGGCGGAUUGCAUUUGCAAAUCUUUAAGUGAGAAUUUGAGCUGGGAUGUACCAACUAGUAGAACGUCAAAAGUGACAUUGCAGCUUCGAAGAGGUUUUUAUCAUGACCGCUAUAGGGAUAUAGCAAAGGAUUUCUCUCCUCAUUUGGUGAUCGCUCCAAAUGCUGGCAUUGCUGCUUAUGCAAGUUGGUUGCCAACAAUUGAGCUAAUAAAGGAGAUUAAUGUCCCAGCAAUCUUCUCCGAUUACUGUGAAGAAGCUUGUCAUCUUGGAGCUUGUUGCAUAAGCACUGUAACUGGUCAUCCUCUCACAUUUCCUAUUCAAAUAAACCCAUUCAGGCAGCCAAUGGUGGUUGAAAACAGUGCUCUAUUUCUUCCUUGCUAUAGCAAUUGCUUCCUUUUUGGGAUUUGAAAUGGUCAUAAACGUCAGUUUGAGGACUCUUCGUUGACUUCUUUAGAUGGAUUUCCGGAGCUCUUGAAUCAGACCAUCACUUCACUUGGUUAUCAAUGCAUAUAUGACAUGUUUACUCCGGAGGUUUCAUGAAGGGUUUUUGCAAGAGCUCACCAUGUGCCUGCCUUACUCUGCUGAUCAAGAUCAAGAGGCUUGAUGCAACCUUAACUAUAUAUACACUCCAAGAUACCUAUCCAAUCAAAAAAAUUAAAAAAAAAAAAAAAAGAAUUCAAAGGAAGAUCUAGGAGUUUCUCAACAUUAAUUCAACACGAUUGAUAUGCAGUCAAUGGUUCUUUGGCUCU